AUAAAUUAUGCCUGGUGGCCGCGUGACGUCACGCCACUGUGUGCCUGAGUGAGGGGGAGGGCAUGGAGUGGGCGGGGCGUUGCAUGUGUGUGUGAGUUCGCGGCCCCCGGGUGCGCGCUCGGUCCUCGGGGAGGACACGUGAACGCGGGUGGAGCUGGUGCCCGUAGAGAAGUGAGUGGAUCCCGAGCUGUGAGUGUCCGACGGAGCCGCGGGUUCGCCUCCUCCGUGCGGACGCGCUCGUGCACUAUCGGAUUAAACUUGAGCUGAAAUUAAAGCACAAAGGAAAGAGAGGCGAUAAGAACAAGAAGAAGGGAGGACGGGACGGAGAGAGAGUAAAGAGCGGCAGAAAUAAAGAUAAAAGGUGGAGUGUGGGGAGGAAAAACAAAGCGUAAACUACAGCCAGAGAUCUUCCCCCUCCUCCCCUGCAGCCCGGAGAGGAGGAAAGGGGGGAGACGGAGAGAGAUAAGAGUGCCCCUAUCAAGUGAUAGAGAUCUGCUGAUGAGACAAUAGGACAGUGUGUGCCGGCGAGGUGCCCCGGAUCCUGCCCUCUACAGAGGAGUACCUGACACUGCAUCAUCCGAGAGAAUUAAGAAAAUAUGGAAUGACAUGAAAGAUUAGUUUAAGGAUUAACAACUGUGAGGACAGACACCUCAGCGAGGUGAAGCACAAUCUGACACAAUCGCGGCUCAGAAGAGCUGUGUGCAGAAAUCAUGGCGGAUCCCGGUAUGAUGAGUUUAUUUGGAGAGGAUGGGAAUAUUUUCAGCGAAGGAUUGGAAGGCCUUGGAGAAUGUGGUUACGCUGAAAACUCUGUCAACACGAUGGCACAGCAAAUGCCCAUGGAUCAAGGAUUUGGUUCUAUGCAGUCGCCGCUCCACCAUAACACAAGCAAUCAGAAUCAAGGAAAGUUGACCCACUUUGAUCAUUAUAACCAAUAUGAGCCACAGAAAAUGCACAUGAUAGAACAGCCCAAUAGGAUGAUGACAAACACUCCUGGGAAUGGUAUUGCCUCUCCACAUUCACAGUAUCACAACACGCCUGUUCCUCAGGUCCCCCAUACUGGUGGCCAAAUGGGGGUGUACCCCAGCAUGCAAAACGACCGACAUGGGCCACCUUUUGUGGACAGUGGCUCUAUGUGGGGGCCCAGGGCUGUGCAGGUGCCCGAUCAGAUAAGACCACCAUACCAGCAGCAGACACAGCAGUCACAGCAGCAGCCUCCAAACCCUUCCGCACCCCAAGGACCCCCUCACCCUCAGCAUGUUCAGCAGAUGGGGAAUUACAUGGUCCGGGGAGAUUUUUCAAUGCAACAGCAUGGCCCACUACAGUCACAAAGGAUGAACCAGUUUUCGCAGGGACAAGAGGGUCUAAACCAGGGUAACCCAUUUCUUGGUUCUCCAGGACCAGGUCACAUGCCUCAUGUUUCCCAGCAAAAUCCAAACAUGGGGCCUUCAUUGCGACACUCGGUCCAGCAGUUUCAUCACCAUCCUCCCACUACGCUUCACGGAGAUUCCGUUUCUCACAGUCCUCGAUUCUCUCCUAAUCCUCCUCAGCAGGGAGCAGUGAGGCCCCAGUCCCUUAAUUUUAAUUCUAGAAACCAGACUGUACCGUCACCUACAUUAAACAACUCAGGGCAGUAUCCCCGGUAUCCUUACAGUAACCUUAAUCAGGGAUUAGUUAAUAAUACAGGGAUGAAUCAAAAUUUAGGCCUUACAAACAACACUCCAAUGACUACAUCUGUACCUAGAUACCCAAAUGCUGUGGGGUUUCCAUCAAAUAAUAGUCAAGGACUGAUGCACCAGCAGCAACCCAUUCAUCCUAGCGGCUCGCUUAACCAAAUGAACCCACAAGCUAUGCAUCCUUCACAGCCUCAGGGAACUUACGCUUCUCCACCUCCCAUGUCACCCUUGAAAGCAAUGAGCAAUCCAGCAGGUACCCCACCACCGCAAGUCAGGCCUGGCAGUGCUGGCAUACCUUUGGAUGUAGGAAGCUACCCAAAUAUGCCCCAUCCUCCAUCUCACCAGCCUCCUAACAACAUGGUUAUGGGACAAAGGAACAUGGGUCCCAGAAACAUGCCUCAAAAUCAGGCCUUCAUGGGUAUGUCUUCAACACCCAGGGAAAUGGGUGGGCACAUGAGACCAAAUGGAUGUCCUGGAGUUGGCCAUGCAGAUCCGCAGGCAAUACAAGAAAGGAUGAUGUCUGGCCAGCAGCAUCCCAGUCAUCAAUCUUUCCAGCAGCAAAUGGCAAACUGUCAGCCUCAUCCAGCAAUGCCCCAUCAGUCUUCUCCACCGUCACAUUCCCAUCAUCAGCCAUGGACUCAGCUUCACCAGUCACCUCAGAACACACCACAGAAAGUGCCUGUCCAUCAGCAUUCCCCAUCAGAACCUUUCCUUGACAAUUCUCUACCGGAUAUGACUCGGAUUAGUGGUCCCAACGCUCCCUUAAUGAAUACAGAAGACUUCAUGCCGUCAAUACAGUCGGAACAGCCUCCGCAAAAGAAAAGGAAGAAAAAAAACAAUCACGUAGCUGGGGAGAAGACCGGCGAAGGCUUCCCUGGUGAAAAUGCAGAGUUGUCAGCUGACGGCACGCCGGAAGGAAAGAAGAAGAAAAAGCCGAAAGUUAAAAAGGAGCCCAAGGAGCCAAAAGAGCCUAAAGCAAAAAAGGAGCCCAAGGAGCCCAAGCCUCCAAAACAGCCCAAAACUCCCAAAGAACCAAAAGAGAAAAAAGUAAAAACUACCACGCCAAAAUCAAAGGCCAGCAAGAAGGCGAGUAAUAAGGCUGAUGGUGAGGCCUCUGCUCAAAAGAAAAAAGCUACCAAGGUGAAACCAGAAGGUGUGGAAACCUCAGAUUUGGACAAAACCCCUCCUCCCUCUCCAGAGGAAGAAGAUGACUCCGGAGUACAGAAGAGACGCUCAAGUCGGCAGGUUAAAAGGAAGCGCUAUACAGAGGACUUGGAGUUUAAGAUUUCAGAUGAUGAACAAGAUGAUGCAGAAGCUACCGGAAGAGAUUCCCCUUCCAACACUUCACAGUCAGAGCUGCAGGAGGCCCUUGAUGCAGAAGGACCUAUUGUGGAAAAAAUCAUGAGCAGUCGAUUGACAAAGAAACAGCUGGAGUCUGGAGAAGAAGUAGAGGCUGAAGAAUUCUAUGUGAAAUAUAAGAACUUCUCAUACUUGCACUGUCAGUGGGCUACAGUGGAGGAACUGGAGAAAGACAGACGUAUUCAACAGAAGAUAAAACGAUUUCGGGCAAAGCAAGUACAGAACAAGUUCCUUUCAGAGAUUGAAGAUGAUCUGUUUAAUCCCGACUAUGUGGAAGUCGACCGUCUACUGGAUGUCUCUGAAAGUACAGAUGAGAAAGGAGAGCCUGUGACUCAUUACUUGGUGAAGUGGUGUUCCCUGCCGUACGAGGACAGCACUUGGGAGCUGAAGCAGGACCUGGAUCCAGCAAAGAUUGAAGAAUUUGAGAAACUCCAGAGUAGGGAGCCAGAAACCGAGCGCGUGGAGCGACCUCCCGCCGACGAGUGGAAGAAAUCGGAGAGUUCCAGGGAGUAUAAAAACAAUAACAGUCUCAGGGAAUACCAGUUGGAGGGAGUAAAUUGGCUGCUGUUCAACUGGUACAACGCGCGAAACUGCAUUUUAGCAGAUGAAAUGGGCUUAGGGAAGACCAUUCAGUCCAUCACUUUCCUAUAUGAGAUCUACUUGAAAGGCAUUCACGGGCCAUUUCUGGUCAUUGCCCCACUUUCUACUAUCCCGAACUGGGAGAGGGAGUUCCGGACUUGGACAGAACUGAAUGUGGUAGUUUAUCACGGAAGCCAAGCAAGCAGGAAAAUGAUUCAACUUUAUGAAAUGUACUUCAAAGAUCCGCAGGGCCGGACAAUGAAGAGUUCCUACAAGUUCCAUGCGAUCAUUACAACUUUUGAGAUGAUACUGACGGAUUGCCCUGAGCUCAGGAACGUUCACUGGCGAUGUGUGGUUAUUGAUGAGGCUCAUCGGCUGAAGAACAGGAACUGCAAGCUUCUAGAAGGAUUGAAGAUGAUGGAUUUGGAACACAAAGUGCUGCUAACUGGGACCCCCUUGCAAAACACUGUAGAGGAACUUUUCAGCCUGCUGAAUUUUCUGGAGCCUGAUCGAUUUCCUUCAGAAAGCAAUUUUAUGCAGGAAUUUGGGGACCUUAAAACAGAAGAACAGGUUCAAAAACUGCAAGGCAUUCUAAAACCGAUGAUGCUCAGGCGUUUGAAAGAAGACGUGGAGAAGAACCUGGCUCCGAAAGAAGAAACCAUUAUAGAAGUAGAGCUGACAAAUAUUCAGAAGAAAUACUAUCGUGCCAUCCUUGAGAAGAAUUUUACUUUUCUCUCAAAGGGUGGUGGAGGAGGCCAUGCCAAUGUCCCUAACCUACUGAACACUAUGAUGGAACUCCGAAAAUGCUGCAAUCAUCCUUACCUUAUUAAUGGUGCUGAAGAGAAAAUAUUGGAGGAAUUUAAAGAAACGCACAAUGUUGACCCUCCAGAUUUUCAGCUCCAGGCAAUGAUCCAUGCCGCUGGCAAACUAGUUCUGAUUGACAAACUGCUGCCAAAACUGAAGGCUGGCGGCCACAGGGUGCUUAUCUUCUCCCAGAUGGUGCGAUGCUUGGACAUACUGGAAGACUACCUCAUUCAACGAAGAUACCCAUAUGAGAGAAUUGAUGGAAGAGUGAGAGGCAACCUCCGCCAGGCUGCCAUCGAUAGAUUUUCCAAACCCGAUUCCGAUAGGUUUGUGUUCCUGCUGUGUACGAGGGCAGGAGGUCUGGGCAUUAAUUUAACUGCUGCUGAUACUUGCAUUAUCUUUGACUCUGAUUGGAAUCCCCAGAAUGACCUUCAGGCCCAAGCUCGAUGUCAUCGUAUCGGGCAGAGUAAGUCUGUGAAGAUCUACCGCCUGAUAACUCGAAACUCCUACGAGAGGGAAAUGUUUGAUAAGGCCAGCUUAAAACUCGGCCUGGACAAAGCCGUCUUGCAGUCCAUGAGUGGGAGAGAGAAUGCCACAAAUGGGGUACAACAAUUAUCCAAAAAGGAAAUAGAAGAUCUUCUACGAAAAGGUGCCUAUGGUGCCUUAAUGGAUGAAGAAGAUGAGGGUUCCAAGUUCUGUGAAGAGGAUAUUGAUCAAAUUCUCUCAAGGCGAACACACACGAUAACCAUAGAGUCCGAAGGAAAAGGCUCCACUUUUGCAAAGGCUAGUUUUGUUGCCUCUGGGAACAGGACGGAUAUAUCCUUAGAUGACCCAAAUUUUUGGCAAAAAUGGGCAAAGAAAGCAGAAUUGGAUGUUGAUGUACUGAAUGGAAGGAACACGUUGGUAAUCGAUACCCCAAGAAUAAGAAAGCAAACUAGGCUGUAUAGUGCAGUGAAGGAGGAUGAACUCAUGGAAUUCUCCGAUCUGGAAAGUGAUUCAGAGGACAAGCCGACCAUCAAGCCACGUAGACCUCAGGACAAAUCACAAGGCUAUGCAAGGAGUGAAUGCUUUCGAGUAGAGAAGAAUCUAUUGGUUUAUGGGUGGGGCCGCUGGACGGAUAUCCUUUCGCAUGGGCGUUUUAAGCGUCAGCUUACAGAACAAGAUGUGGAAACCAUCUGCCGUACCAUCCUCGUGUACUGCCUGAACCAUUAUCGAGGGGAUGAAAACAUCAAAAGUUUCAUCUGGGACCUGAUCACGCCAACAGAGGAUGGCCAGACACGUGCUUUGGUGAACCACUCAGGUCUCUCUGCCCCUGUACCUAGAGGAAGGAAAGGGAAGAAGGUGAAGAGCCAGAACUCACAGCCUGUGCUGAAACAUGCGGAAUGGCUUCAAAGCUGCAACCCGGACGCCUUGUUCCAAGAAGACAGCUACAAGAAGCACCUGAAGCAUCACUGUAACAAGGUCCUGCUGCGUGUCCGCAUGCUCUACUAUCUGAGGCUCGAAGUGAUCGGGGACCAAGCUGACAAAAUCUUGGAGGGUGCUGACUCAAGUGAGGCAGAUUUGUGGAUUCCAGAGCCGUUCCAUGCAGAAGUUCCUACGGACUGGUGGGACAACGAGGCUGAUAAAUCCCUAUUAAUUGGGGUCUUCAAGCAUGGGUACGAGAAGUACAACUCUAUGAGAGCCGACCCGACUCUGUGCUUCCUAGAAAGGGUCGGUAUGCCUGACGCGAAAGCAAUUGCUGCUGAACAACGAGCAACAGAUAUGCUGGCAGAUGGAGGAGAUGGGGCUGACUUUGACAGGGAGGAUGAAGAUCCUGAAUACAAACCAACAAGGCUUCCAUUUAAGGAUGACAUUGAUGAAUAUGCAAACUCUCCUCUUGAGGACAAAGAGGAAUGCAUGGAAUUGGACACACAAGGCAAGAUUGAAGGUAGUACGGAGGCAGGACAACUAUACUGGCCUAAUACGUCGGCACUGACCACCCGUUUACGGCGUCUCAUCACCGCCUAUCAACGUAGCUAUAAGAGGCAGCAAAUGCGGCAAGACUCUCUAAUGAAGACCGAUCGCAGGAGGAGGCGUCCACGGGAAGAAGUAAGAGCCCUGGAGGCUGAAAGAGAAGCAAUAAUAACCGAAAGACGCCAAAAGUGGACAAGGCGAGAAGAAGCAGACUUUUAUCGUGUUGUAUCUACGUUUGGGGUGAUUGUUGACCCAGUCAAACAAAAGUUUGAGUGGAAUCAAUUCCGAGCUUUUGCACGGUUGGAUAAAAAAUCUGAUGACAGUUUGGAAAAAUACUUUAAUUGUUUUGUGGCUAUGUGCAGGAGAGUAUGCCACAUGUCAACUAAGUCUGAUGAUGUAGAUUUUUGUGAUCUUUCUACAAUGAUCGAACCUAUAACAGAAGAACGGGCUUCUAGAACACUUUACCGCAUUGAACUUUUAAGGAAAAUACGCGAACAGGUUCUUAAUCAUCCUCAGUUGAAUGAACGGCUUAAGCUUUGUCAGCCCAGCCUUGACCUUCCUGAAUGGUGGGAGAGUGGAAAACAUGAUAAAGACUUGCUUAUUGGUGCUGCUAAGCACGGGGUUAGUAGGACUGAUUAUCACAUUCUCAAUGACCCAGAAUUAUCCUUCUUGGAAGCCCAUAGGAACUUUGCCCAAAACAGGGGCUCUGCUCAGCCACCCAACAUGCCUAUCCUAAUUCAACCUGGCUCCAGCUACAGUGACACUCCUCCGUUAAUGCCCUCCACGCCGAUCCAGGACGAGAAAGCAGAAAAUGAUGAAGUGAAGUCUGAACAAACUGAAGAUGUUGACAUCAAGGAAGAAAAAGAAGUUAAAUCAGAAGGUGAAGAACCCACAUUGGACACUGUUGAGAACUGUGUAAAAGAGGAAUGUGACACUGAGGCCCUUCUUGUGAAGAAUGAAGAUAAGAAGGAAGAAGUAGCUCCAGAUGUUGAGCCAAAAUCCAUCUCCGAAAAGGGAUCAGAGGAAGAUGAAGAAAAACUGGAUGAUGAUGACAAAUCCGAAGAGUCUUCCCAAGCUGAAGCUGGUAUAGCUUCUCAGGAUAAAAACUUUGAUGAAGAAAGCAACGCUUCUCUAAGUACAGCUCGGGACGAAACCCGCGAUGGCUUCUUUCUGGAGGACGGAGAUCCGUCUGGGCUCCAUAUGCUUCGCGAGCGGACAUUUUCCUUCUCUUUCUGGCCCAAGGAUCGUGUAAUGAUUAACCGAUUAGACAACAUCUGUGAGGUCGUGCUGAAAGGAAAGUGGCCAGUAAACAGACGCCAGAUGUUUGAGUUCCCUGGCCUCCUCCCUGGCUACACACCAACUGCUGUGGACAGCCCCCUGCCGAAAAGAAGCUUUGCAGAGCUCUCCAUGGUAGCUCAGGGCAGCUUCAGUGGAAGUGAAGACAUUACAGCUUCACCACAACUUUCCCAGGAUUCUGCACUGAGUAUGUCUGUGCCACGUCAGCGCAGACGGAGAAGGCGGAAAAUUGAGGUUGAGGCAGAAAGAGCAGCAAAAAGAAGGAACUUGAUGGAGAUGGUGGCUCAACUGCGAGGCUCUCAAAUGGCUGAAAAUGGACAAGAGAAAGUUGUGGACUUAUCUAAUGCCUCCAGGGAGGCAACAAGUUCUACCUCAAGUUUUACUUCUCUUACACCCAAGUUUAUUUUGCCUAAUGCCUCCACCCCUAUCUCUGAUGCCUUUAAAAGUCAAAUGGAGCGACUCCAGACAGGUCUUUCUUGCACUCCGACAAGGCAUUUACUCAACGGUUCUAUAAUCGAUGGAGAACCUCCUAUGAAGAGGAGACGAGGGAGAAGGAAAAAUGUUGAAGGACUAGAUUUAUUGUUCAUGAGUAACAAACAAAGGAAUUUAUCUGUGGAAGAUACUGAUGUGACCAAAGGAUAUGAAGAUGAUAUGGACACGCCACCAACCCGUAACAUUCCAUCCCCCGGGCAGUUAGAACCUGAGACCCGCAUCCCUGUCAUCAACUUGGAGGACGGGACCAGACUAGUGGGAGAGGAAGCUCCUAAAAACAAAGAUUUAGUUGAAUGGUUGAAGUUGCAUCCUACGUACACUGUUGAUAUGCCAAGUUAUGUACCAAAGAGUGCAGAUAUGAUGUUCUCACCAUUUCAAAAGCCUAAACAAAAACGUCAUAGAUGUCGGAAUCCCAACAAGCUGGAUAUUAACACAUUGACAGGAGACGAAAGGGUGCCUGUAGUGAACAAACGGAAUGGGAAAAAGAUGGGGGGAGCCAUGGCACCUCCAAUGAGGGACCUUCCUCGGUGGCUGGAAGAAAACCCAGAGUUUGCGGUUGCUCCAGACUGGACAGAUAUCGUUAAGCAAUCUGGUUUUGUACCAGAGUCUAUGUUUGAUCGUCUUCUCACUGGACCUGUAGUAAGGGAAGAGGGAGCUAGCAGAAGAGGAAGAAGGCCAAAAAGUGAAAUUGCCAAAGCAGCAGCUGCUGCUGCUGUAGCAUCCACAUCUGGAAUCAACCCACUCUUGAUGAAUAGCUUAUUUGCUGGAAUGGAUCUUGCAAGCCUCCAGAAUCUUCAGAAUCUGCAGUCUCUUCAGCUCGCUGGUCUCAUGGGGUUCCCCCCAGGGCUUGCGACAGCUGCCGGAGCUGGAGGAGAUUCGAAAAAUCCUGCUGCCAUGCUGCCUCUGAUGUUACCAGGCAUGGCAGGAUUGCCCAACAUGUUUGGGCUUGGAGGACUUUUGAAUAACCCGUUAGCAUCUGGCAGCGGCAAUUCCACUACAACUCCCAGUCAAGGAGAAACUGAAGAAGGAACUUCAGAGGAGAAAACCGAAAACGAAGAGGAUGCUAAAGACUCUGAGAAAACUACAGACACUGUUUCUGCUACUGACUCUGGAUCUGUUGGUGCUGCUAAUACCACAGCUGGAUUGUCCACAAAUCCUCUGGCCUUCAGCCCUUUCCUACUGUCCACUAUGGCUCCAGGCCUGUUCUACCCAUCUAUGUUUCUACCUCCGGGACUAGGAGGAUUAACACUGCCUGGUUUCCCAUCACUAGCUGGACUUCAGACUGCUGUGAGUGCUAGUGAAGAAAAGACUGCAGACAAAGGGGACGCUGAGCAUCAGGAAGCCAGCGAUGCAGAGGAGACCCUGGACAAAACUGCAGACUCAUCUGUUUUGGAAGACGAAACGGCACACGGAGAAGAACUGGACUCGCCUGCCGGAGAGGAAGAUCUGGAAAACGAUGAAAAAGAUGAUUAAUGGUCACAGUUACAUUUAAAGUGUUCAAAACUUUUUGACAAGUGGUAGUCCUACUGUUUACACUCACAGUAAAUGUCCAUACCUAGUUUUUAUAAGCUGUUCUGUAAAAUAGUGUAGCAAAAAAAGUCCAAGUCAUGUCACACGGAUGUGUCAAAAAGGUAUUUUGGUCAUUAAGUAUUGUGCAGUGCAUUAUUUAUUGUUCCUGGGGAGAGAUGACAUUUCAGAGACAAAUAUUGUCUAAGGAAAUUUAUAUAAUGCUCUGCUAGUGUUUUUUGUUGGGUUUUUUUUUGCUUAUUUUCUACCUUUUUGGUAUUAUGAGAGCAGCAUAUUUUUUUUUUUUGUUUUGAAUCUUGGUGCAAAUAGAAGGAAAGGCUGCUUAAGGAAGUAUGAAGUUAUUUAUCUAUUUUUUUUUUUUGGAGUUUGUUUUUCCUUUGCUGUGAAGGUCAAGAUGAAUUUUUACAAACGCAUAUCAUAAUACUAGUUUUUUUUUACUGUAUAUGGGGGUUCCACAUACACAAUUCAGACAAUCUCCAUACGAGCGUAAACGUCUCCGCCUCGAGACCCAGCAAUAAAAGGCAGCUGUUGAAUGUGAAUUGUACUUUUUCAAAACACACCCACUGCGAAGGUUGUUACAGGACAAUACUACAGUUGAAUCGUCUCAUGAUUUUAUAAUGCACUGGUCGAAGCAUAAAAUUAAAAUCAGGUACCUUUUUUUUGUUGCUGUUUUUUCCUUUUUUCUUUUUUGUUUUUAAAUUAAAGGACGUUGUUACUUUAGCCACAAAGCUAAACAGCAUUACCUCAAUUCUAAACUAGCCUUGAAGUUUACAGACAUGACUUUGUAAAUGUUUUCCCUUUAUUUUCUUUUUGUGAUGUCGUUAUAUUUUUCUUUUCCUUUUUUUUUUUCUUUUCAAAAACUGCUAUCAUGUAAGAUAAAUUGUAAAUUGCUGCCAACCGUAGUAAUGAUGCUUUUAAUAAAAGUGAUCCAUGAGAUGCAGUGAUGUAAUUAGAGAAUGUAGAUGUGUCUAGGGAAACCAAAUCAGAACUGGUGUACACCACUUUAUAUUUUGUAUUCACAAUAGAAGCAAAUACAGUA